GUCGGAGGAACCAUGCCGCUGCUCCAAGAUAACCGCGCAGUCACGAGGAAUGGGAUGGAAUUUGACCCGCUGUAGUUUGCGUUUGCUCUCCUAAAACUGUACCAACCGAAGACAAGAAGAGCGAAAGAAAAAAAAAAAUCUGACACGGUUGGAAUUUUUUUUUUUCUUCACCUUAUCGCGGAUUUUUCUUUGGGUGGAGAUGCAGCGUGCGCUCUCGUUCCCAGCGACCGUGGAGCGCAGUCGAACCAAGGACCGCUUGGAGGCGAGUCUGGCCGGGCUGUGUGAGCUGGAGCUCCGCAGACAGAGGCAGGAGUGUCUUGUGCUGGGAGCGCUGGCUCUGGCAGAACCUCCAGCCCAGGAUGGCUCAAGAGGAGAGCAGGAAUGCUUCAGCAGCUGGGGCCAGGAAAACUUGACGCUCCGGCGUCAGUUGAGCGCUCUCCACAGUGCUCCAUGGGGCCUAAUGCAGGCACUAGAACAGCAGGUAGAAGAUCUGAAGAUUGACAUUGAUGACGGCUGCUGUGAGGGAGCUCAACGAGACGUCGGUGACAGUCGGCCGAGUUCUGGUUUUUAUGAUUCAAGUGAGGGACAAUCACCAAAAGGAAAACCCUCCUCAGCUGAGCCCACUGAGCCUGACUUCUCCUGGACUUACGCUAAUGACAGACCGAAGUCUUUAGGAAACAACUUUAUGCUGAAUGGGGAAUUUGAUGUACCAGUUAUUCGGCCCAGCCUUCCUCGUUCCUUCUCUGCACCUCACCCACCACUAGAGGGCAUUGUAGAGGAGGGAUCAGGUGGAGACUCUUGGCGGUGGGACACCAGCGUUGGCAGCCACACCUGGCAGCAGCAGCAGCCUGCAGAGGAUCAGAUCACAGAGGAGGACUACCAGCAGGCUUUCAGAGUGGAAGGCUACAUGCUGAGUCUCAUCCAGCGUUAUGCUCUUCUACCGCGGCCAUGUCAGCCUCGGACCACCCUGACCCCUGACCCCACAUACAGCGGUGCCUCCGGACACAGCUCUGGACACAGGAGAACUCCCUCUUUAACCACAGAGCAACGUCUUCCUGACCCCCAUUGUCAGCCCCAUGUUGACCUAUCGGCAAAACUUAAGAGUCAGGAAUGGGUUUGUGACCUGCCUGAGGGGGAAGCCCGAAGGGUAGAGGCCCCAUCUUUUGAGGAGGGUUGUUAUCUGCCUCUCUCCUUCCCCCAGCCCAGACCAAACCCCCUGACAGGAAGACUGCCAUCACCUCUGCCCUCCUUGGAGCCAAACUGUGGUGUUGACCUGUGCUGUGAACCUCCAUCCCCUCAACAUUAUCUACAUCCACAACCCUCUGUUUACCAAGUACACAAUUUAGUAAGUGCUCAGUAUAUCCCAGGACAAGCCUGUCAUGCUCCUGUACGGUCCCCCAGACAUUACAAACCUGAACAGUCAAAGGCCAAUCGACCAGUUGCCUCUCCUGACCAGUCCAAUUCAAAGUCCAAAGCUCCUAAAAAAAAUCACAAUGAUCGACAGAAAUCCAAGAAGGCAAACAACAAAACCAACCGAUCCCAUUCUGAAAACAGCCUUCCAGGACAGAGAGUAGUUUCUGACAGGCGGUACAGCACCACAGAGAGGCGUCCGGGACGAACCAAUCCUGCCCAGAACCAAAGCCAAAUCACUGCACCCCAGGUGACCAGCAAGGGCCACAGUGGAAACCGCCGCUGGUGCUCCAACCUGGAGCUCAGCCAGGAUGAGGGUGAGAUCCAGAAUGCAGCACAGCCGCAUAAAAGAUCUACUCGAAAAGCUCGUCAAGGUCACUCUUGCUCCCAGUCCCACCAUCAGCACGCCCAGCGUUGGCACCAGGACUCUCAGGCCCGUGCCCCAUUGUGCCACAGCGAGGAGGGCUACGCCGGGGCUGCCCCCGCAGAGUCCGAAUCCAGCAUGAGCGAAGUGUACUCCCCGGCAUCCAGCUCGCUGUCCAGCGAUUCGGAUGAGAGUGGGGGGCUUGUGUGGCCCCAGCAGCUACCGCCUCGUCUUGCUUCUACCUCUUCAUCAUCGUCUGCGUCUCCACAAGCCAAUGCCAGUGCUGCGACUCAGCCCAAAGCCUUCGUCAAGAUCAAAGCCUCCCACGCUCUCAAAAAAAAAAUACUCAGAUUCCGAACAGGGUCACUUAAAGUCAUGACCACUGUUUGAGUCUAAUGUCACACAACCUGUAACAUGAACGUAUUAAACAGCUCUGAACAUCUUCAUGGCUGCUCCUUUUGGCAACAAAUCCUACACUAAAUAAUAAAUCCAUUCAUGAAAAUAAGCCUACCUCUUCCAUAUCCCUGAUGAAAUGCAUUUACAUUCACAAAAUUGAUUAAAAUACAGCAUGACCUCCACUUUGUGUCUGGUUGAAAUCAUUUUCAAUUCGACAACCAUCUGAUACUAAAAUGAUGGGCACCCUCCUCAUUGAUUCUUGUUACACUGUGCUAACAGAAACAGCCAUAAAAUUAAGCAAUUGAACUUGCUUUGUUUCUUUGUCGUUGUUGUUUGUUUUGUUUAUGUUUAUCAUCUUUUAAAUUAAUCAGCGAUGGAGUGUGGGGUUCAAGAACUUGCUACUACCAGCAUAAAAUAAAUAAAAAAUAUUUAAAGCUAUGACGCAAAAUUGAUUUUAUGAAUAUCAUGUAGCAUUCUGGCUAUGUAAUGUAUACCUCGGAAACUUUAAACAUUAAUUCAGUUAAUUACAAUUUUUGCAGAAGGAACAGAUAAAAUCUCUUGAACAAUGUAAUACACCAUUUUGUGUAUCUCCAACUGGAUUGCAAAUUGUUUGCUGGUCGUGACAAUGAGUUGCAUAUCCUCAAGAAUAUUUUCCACUUUAUUUGUCCUGUUGUCAGUCUCACAACCCCAUAUCAUUGACUGUGGAGUUUUGGUUAGAGAUGAUUCAUUUUAAUUCCAAUGAAUUUCAAUGAGUGUCACCAAACAAAAUUCAUUCUCCUCUUGAGCACAACAUAUUUACUUCACUACUUCACCUACUUUAAUCUAAUUAUCCAUUCUGCAUGUUUGCUUCUUUGUGGCCAACUUCUUUCAUGUUCCAAUAAAAAUAAUUGUAUCUAUGUGUAAAAAGUCUCAGUGAUUCUUUGUUACUAGACACCUAAUCACUCUUUUGUCCCUUCAGACAUACUUGACAUGUUUCAGAUUCUACUUCUGUCUUUGUCAGGGACCUCCCAGCUACUGUUUCAAACAGCAAACGAGCAACAGCUGGGAGACCUCGGACGAAGAAGGAAGCAGAACCCUGAAACAUGUCAAGAGACAAAAAG